AUGGCUGUGACAACAACGGCUAUACACGGAACUGAACUUGAACUUAUUAGGGCUGGCCUCCAGCGGCAUGGCAUGGCGUACGCGGCGGAACUUUCCACCUCUACCUCAGUGCUGGUCGCUAGGAGAAACGCAGGGCCCAAGUACCGGGUGGCUCAGCAGCGAGGGAUUCCAUGCGUAACCCCGGCAUGGGUACUGCUGGGGCACUGCUGCAUGGGGAAACUAUGUGACUUUGAGCUUGGGCGAUCUCUCAUGGGAUUGGAGGUGUGUAGUACCUCCUUGACUGCUCAGGAACGGAAUUGUGUCAGGCGUGUGUGUGAGACACACCAGGCCAAAUAUAACCCCUCGUUAACACGAAACAGUGCGCUGCUUGUAAUGCCGGAUGUAUCACCCGGUUUGAAGGGGAACGAGAAACUAGAAUUCGCUCGCAGCAAUCACAUUGAUGCUAUACCAUACUGUCAAUUCAUGAAGCAGUACAACCAUGCUGUGAAGGCGCGUUGUGGGCCGUUGGCUGUUGCACCCCGUCAGGCCUCUUUGCAGAGCACAUCGGACGUUAUAGUGUAUUGCUCUCCUAGAAGCCUUGUCACAGAGACGGUCAUUUCAUUACUUCACCAAGCCGUCAUGAAGCACGCGCCGAUGUUAACAUUUCUCACAACACAUGUGCUACUGUUGGGGCCAACGACAGAGGUUUUUUAUCCUCGGCCGGGGUUAGAGUUCGUGUCGCGCGCGUGGUUAGAGCGUUGCGCGACGAAGCAAGAGCACGUGGAUGCGGAGCCGUACCGAGUGAGUGACGCUCAGCGGCCUAUAAUCACGUUUACUGGUGUGCCACACAAGGAAAGAGCGUCGCUCCGGGCUUCGCUAGAGAGUUCAGGACUACCUUGCUUUGUGCAAGAUAAUUUUGUAUUGGGCGGUACUGUUGAUGAAUCCAUUGGACGAUACAUCACCACUCAUCUUGUGGUUGGUCAAGCUGCGUUGGCCAAAUCGUCCAAGGUUGCCGCCCUCGGCUGGCGGAUGCACAAGUUGGGGCGGAAAGAGUGUUUCCUGGUAAGUAUGGAGUGGGUGUGCUGCUCUCUCCAAACGGGGCGGUGGGUGGACUGCUCCAGUUUCACUCUUGAAGUACCACAACUCUCUGCGUUUGCGAAGCUCUCGUCAUGUCAGGUAUCCGAAGAUGCGGCGAGAGCUGCCAAUCGUCUGGAAGAGGAACACGAGGGGGCGUCACAGCCUUGUUUAUCGGAAAAGGGAAUGCGGGACGACUCACCACAUUCGAAGUCCCUGGAGAAGCUCAUUCAGGAGUUGGAGUCACGGACGAACGCUCUCGGAAGUGCGCUAACGACGCCGAGCAUGGGGCACUCGUGGGUGCCAUUGGCUGUUGUGGCAAAUCCCAGCGGGAAGACAGAAUGCUCAUUGGGUGCUGGGGCCAACUCGAGCGUCUCAGUGGCAGCGGCGUGUAGUGGAGGAUGCCGUUUACAGGAGAAUCAGAAGCAGCAGCAGGUCGAGUCCCAAGUUAUUGUCUACGGAAGGGAUGACUAUGAGUACCCACCAAAGGCGGUGGCGCCCUCACGGCACCACCACCGCCACUACUUCCAGAAGCAGCAUGUGUUGUUGAGUGCGGAGGGGACCGAUGGUUAUGGUCAUGGCUCGGUGGGAGACGUUGCUGGUGCCGCCGCGUCUGAGAGAGACAAAGAACAACCAGAACCUUCUGGUCGUGUGUGUUGUAUUAUGAUGACGAAGGCGCUACUCUACAUGGAUGAGAACUUCACCCGCCUGCAGGCGCUCGGCUGCACUCUCGCCACGUCGGUGGAGGAGUGUACACACUACGUUACGGGGAGGCCCUCCAGGACGGAGUUUUUCCUUUGUACCGUUGCGGCAGGAAAGUGGGUGCUUGCUCCCUCCUUCCUUGAAGAGACACUGCGCACGGGUUGUAUCGCCCGCGAGGAGUCGCAUGAGUGGCGCCCAGAAAUUGCUAAGGCGGCGAUGCUGCGAAACUCCGUGGUGGAUCUUGUUAGAGCGUGCCAACUCCAGAGGAGGCGGACCGUGCGGCCGUUCUCCUCUUGGAGCGUCAUUUUGUGCUGCGCUACGGAUGCACGGACCGAAAGUUUCUCUCGCGUCCUUAGGUGUGGUAACUGCAGUGUUAUCCGUCCCUAUUCCCCGUCGCAGCUGCUGGACAUACUGACAACGGAUAGAGGUGUAUUGCAUGACUCUACAAUCGUUCUUUCUGACGACAACUUAUGGGGCGCGAUGCAGCUGGAAACUGUUUCUGUACACGUGCCCGUCUUGAAGAUGGAGUACGUCGCCCACUGCUUGUGUGUGGAGACGCCAGAGCCUGACCAUUACGUCUUGCAGGGGGCGAUGCAUGCGCGUAAACGUUCACGGGACCCAUGUUGA